GAAUUUAAUUAUGAAUUUGUGACAUGCGGCUCAGCAUUAAAAUUAUUGAACCUCGCUCAUAAUGUCCGACUUCACUCACAUGAUGUCAAAUAUGGAUCUGGUAGUGGCCAACAGUCAGUAACAGCAGUAGACUCAUCUGAUGAUCAUAACAGCUAUUGGAAGAUUAGAGGCAAAACUCCAGCUGAAUGUGCUAGAGGAAAUCCAAUAAAGUGUGGUCAGGUGAUUCAGCUACAGCACGUCUCCACAGGACGCAACCUUCAUAGCCACACAUUCCAAUCACCUUUGUCCCACAAUCUUGAAGUCAGUGCUUUUGGGGAGAGAGGUGAAGGAGAUGAUGGUGACCACUGGGUCGUUGUGUGCGCUGCUGACCACUGGAGACGUGAUGACAAGAUCAGAUUACGUCACGUUGUUACUGAUGCCUACCUCCAUGUUUCUGGGGACACUUUUGGCCGGCCGAUACAUGGACAGCGAGAGGUCAGUGGCUACCAAUCGUACAGCGAGUAUAAUUUCUGGAAGGCGGCAGAGGGCAUCUUCAUAAAACCCAGUGAAGGACCUUUAUUCGAAUCAGCAAGCCCCAUUAGGGAAGACCUAUGA